AUGCAUGGAACCGGCCUAGCCCUGUCUCUGCUCCUCUCAGCCCUGGCGCUUGCCAGCCCGCAGGUCAGCACAGGCACGCUGAGCGGACUGCCGGCUUGCGCUCAAGAUGCAGCCAGCGCAGCCCUGGGAUCUGCUGGCUGUCCUUUGACCGACACAUCGUGCAUCUGCGGCUCCACGGCAUUCAUCAACGCCAUCACCAACACGAUCACGCAAUCUUGCUCCGCAGCUGAUGUUUCAGCCGCGAUCGAAUUUGGCCGCACAAUCUGUGGGCCGUCCCUCGCGGCGGGUUCAGGAACGACAUCCAGCGCCUCGCAGGAGUCCAGCCCUGCAACCACCGCGGCCACAUCCACGCCCACUGGCACCGACACUGACAACGACUCGUACGCGGCGUCGACCACCACCGUCCCAGUGACUUUGACCUCCAUGACCAGCAUUCCCGACUCCAGCCCGACGCUGUCGGUCUCGACGUCAACUCCCCCCACAAACAAUACCACGGCCAUCUUGACUUCAGUCUGCAGCGCGACCCUGACAGCCACUACGACGGGUUCUGGCACAAGUCCCGUCGCUUACACGGGCGCGGCUGUGGCGGUGAAUGGCAAGUCCGGGCAGGGUUUUGUGGCUGCUCUGAUGGCUGUUGCCGGUGCCGUUGCUUGGUUGUGA